GACCCUAUGCUGCAGGGCCUCAUAGGCAUGUGGAAGAGGGAGAGCUAUGUUGGCCUCUCCCACCGCGACAAGCUCCUGGCCAACACGAUCUACGGAUGUCUUGACACGUGGCUUGCAAAGUGCAACCUGAACCGAAAUCCUUGCAAGAACGAAGGAUACUUAGGAGAGGAUUGCACGUGCAUCUGCCCUCCAGGCUCCGAGGGACGACUCUGCGAAAUCGUCACUGGCGGAUAUUACGAUCACCUGAAGAGCCCUUGCAGUGUGGAAGUGAAAUAUCCGACCGUCAUUACUUCACCUAAUUACCCUAACCAUUACGACGCAGGUACCUGGUGCGUGUACCGCCUACAGGGCGAGGAGUGCCACGCCCCCCAGAUCACCAUCCACGACUUCCAGAUGGGACCGAGGGACUUCCGCGACCAGUGCUUCCACGACUACCUCGAGAUCCGAAACGACACCUCUAUGAUGGGGUCAUCAAAUGCGGGACGACGUGGCCCCGGGGCACGCGCUGGGUUCGCCUCAAGCAACACCAUGAUCCUCUACUUCAAGGGGGAGGAAGGAGGACAUCGAGGAUUCAAGGCCACGGUGUCCUUCAACCCGAUCCCCGGAUGUUGCAGGACGCACACCAACUCCUCGGCUUUCUUCCUGCACACGCCGGGGUAUCCCAACCCUUACAACGUCGAUUUCCACUGCACUUACGCUGUGCCGCCGGAAGCCCCAGCGAAGGUCGUGGUGUCCGUGGUGAAGCGAGGAGGCCGAGAGCGGAGACCAGUGGACCUGCUCCCUCCGGCUGUGCCAACCCCACGGCCGCUGCAACAGGCACUGUCGCGGACUGAGAAAACAGGGCCUUUCUCAAGAACAGACCAAAGAGGUGGUGCUGCCCAAUGUCGCCUCGUUGCACCAUCUGCAGUACAGCGGAGACCCGCCCCUCUUCAACGCAGAGUAUGCAGCUUAUCAAGUCGCUUUUGUAUUGGAGGAAUCGCCCUGCCACAAGAUCCUGACCGUGAACCGCACUGAACCGCAAGGCUGGAUCACCGUCGGCCCGCGGUUCUUCGAGCUGGUUCAGUGCGAGUGGUGGAUCGAGGCCGCGCGCGGAAGCCACGUCAAGCUGAGCAUCGUCGACCUCCAGCUCCCCGUCCACGAGGACUCCUACCUGGUCGUCAACGAGGCGGGGGAGCCCUCCUACCCCCCCGCCACGACCC